GCCCCACACCGGCCGAUAGGGCCAACGGACGUGUGCAGAUUGAGGAGGUACUGUGGGAGACGUCGUGAUACUUGACUCGAGAAUUGAGGCACUCCAAGAGCGGACUGUUGAUUCGCCUGUUUCAGUCCCUUGUCCCCCGCAAGCCGCCGCAACCCGGCGAUGCAGGCUGCCGUUCGCUGUGUGGUACAUACAUCGACUGGACUGCCUUAUAUCAGGUAUGUAUGCAGUAGCCAGAGACCGAGACGACAAGUGCACUAGCGUGUGUGGUUACAGCACCAGCACGCCACUGUCCCGCCAGAUUGGCUGCGUGGGCAAGCAAAAAGUGCCGAUUGGCGGUCAGUCACGUGCUAUGCAGCUCUGCGAUCGGAAAAGUUAUGUUCAACCUGGGUAUGCCGUUAAUAGUGGCCUGCUUCGAUUGGUUUUCUCGGUGUAGCUGCCCGCUUUAUCUCCCGCUUUGCAAAAGCGGUGUGG